CUCUCGUUCUCUCCCCCCUCCCUCUCUCUCUCUCUGUCCAUGUCUCUAUCAAACCUGCCUAACAACACCAUGAGGCGCUAAACAACGGAUGGCAACGAAAGCGAAUCAAAUAUUUUUAUCUGUUGCUCUUCUCUCUUUCGACACUUGCUCGAAAACUAUCGAAAUAACAACACGGAUAUAUACACUGUCUGUCUGUCUGUCUAUUAUUCUAUCCAUCUCGACUUUAUUCCACCGAGGAACAACAGCCGUCCUUUAAAAAAGAAAAAAAAUAAUACUUAUAACAUAUAAUUGAAACAAUUACUAUUAUUAUAACUAUUAUUAGUAUUAUUAUUAUUAUCAUUUAUCAAUUGGAGGAGUUUGGUUUCGGUGUUAUCGCCUUCCAUUCAUAGAAAUCGCAGAAUUCUCUCCAUCCAACCAACUCAUUGUCAGUAACCAUACUGGAGCAACACCUUGAUGCAUUCAUUGUUGACCAAACCAACUCCAAUGCUUACUUAGUUUAGUCAGGUGGUGAUUAUCUAAGAUGGGAUUAAUUAGCACAAUUUUCGAUUCAAUGAAGUGGCUUAAUGAACUUUAAAGAUUUCUUUAUCCGACGCUAUCAUCUUUAUCAUCGCUAUUAAUUAUCAGCAGCUUCUUACCUUCCUCUUCAUCAACAAAAUAGAAACUUCAUUUAUGGCUAAAACAUAUCAACCGAAUUCUGGCGUUGUUUGUCAAUCUUCACAGUCUAAUUUGGUCGUAGAACCAUGCAAAUAUUCCGACUGUGAGUCAGCUGUGACUGCAGUAAUUAAACGGUUUGAAUUAAGUAUGAAAUUUAUAGUAUUGUUCAUGACAGGGCUUGGAUUUUUCUUUGGUAUUCUUGUUGGCCUGUUAAUACAACUUCCGGGUGUGACUGUGCCUUCGGAUUUUGUCCGAACCAGCAGCAAGGAUGUUCGGGUUGACAUCAAAGAGUCCCAUCACCGAUACCAGGAACCAACAGAAGGUCCACUUGCACAGCAGAUACAAAGAGUUAUUGUAGCAAGGGAAAUAUUAAAUGAAAAAUCUCACGGUCAAAUGCAAAAAACCGAUUUAGCAGUGGUUCAGAAUACGAAUAAUUCUUUAGAAAUCAAAGAAGAGAUUUUAAAGAAGAGCCCUUAUCCAGAUGCUCCUUACCAAGAAACUAACAAUCAAGAAACAUUACUGAACGCUGAUGUGAAACCCGAAAUCCCCAUCAAUGCUGUACUUAGGUUUACUCAGUUGUCGGCAGCUAAUAAUUCCAAUAAAAAACCUUCCCAAGUGGUAAAAGGUGCAGCAGAAACCAAGAAAUUGGCAGGAAAUUCUUCUGUGGUAAAUGGUGUGUUUUGGCAACCUUCUGUAGAGAAAUUGUGUGUUGUUGGUUUUUCUAAAGAAAGAAGAUCAAAUUGGCGGCGGAAAGCUGGCAUUCUGCAGAUUGUUAAAAUGGAAGAAGGAUGCGGACGAAUGCAAAACAGGUUGCUGACUUUCAGGGAUUCCUCAAAAGCCUGUGCUCGCUAUCGAUUGAAUACGGAUCAAAUUCAAGGAGAUAUAUUUUCUUACUAUUUAAGCCAAAUCUUAAAAAUCAGUAACCUUCCCCCAUCCAUUGCUCUUGCUGUACAACCAAGAGAUAUCAAGUGGAGUGACAUUCAUGAGGAAAUUGCGCAAUCUCAAUGGGUAGAAGAUCAAGUAGUUAUCGUGUCAGAAUGGAUUGAGGGUCUUGAACCAACCUUUAUACCUAAAGAGUUUCGCAACGAAGGCCUUCACUUAAAUCCUAUUUCUGACAGCCUGUCGAGAAAAAGUCAAAAAGAACUUUGUGAACUCGUCCAGUGGUCAGAUUUAAUAGUUUUCGACUAUUUAAUCGCUAAUCUUGACCGCGUUGUUAACAAUAUGUUCAACAAACAAUGGAACGCUAAUAUGAUGAGCAACCCAGCACAUAAUCUCCAGAAAGUUCCAUCGAAUGAACAGCUAGUAUUUUUGGAUAACGAAUCUGGAUUAUUCCACGGAUAUCGCCUACUUGAUAAAUAUAGUUCGUAUCACCAUUCCAUGUUGCAAUCGCUGUGUGUCUUCAGGAAAUCGACUGCAAAAGCUAUAGAAAGAUUACACUUUACUGGAGACAUUGGAAAAGAACUGAAAGAAGAGUUCAUCAAGAACGAAAAAUUCCAUUAUUUAAUACCAAGUUUACCAGAGAAAAAUGUCAAAAUCCUUCAGGAACGAAUCUCAGAGGUUUAUGCACAAAUACAAAAAUGUCAAGACAAAUACACAUACAAAACAACACAAUAGACGCAAACAAUUUACAUAUACAAGGAUUUUAUUUAUUUAUUUUUAUCUUUGGUUCCCCUGAUAUACUCUAUACCACAAGCUUCGUGUUCCCGUCCCCCUCCCCAUUCCUAUUUAUCACCCGCUGUACAUAGACAAUAAUUAAAAUUUAUUUCAACAAGGUAAAUAUGUAAUAUUAAGCAAACUUAUUUUUCUAUAAAAAAUAAAUUUUAUUACAAUUA